GCACAGCCUUCCCCAAUCGGUUUGAAUAUAGGCGCAUCGUGCAGGCAGUCCAUGCACGGGGAGUCCACGUGCUGAUAGGAAACUGUCCAACCCGUUCGCACAGAGGACGACCGCGCUUUAGUUCCAGUAACAAUAUCCUAGCGCCGCGGAUGCUGGUGGCGCAAAUACUAGGUAGCCCGAAUACGGUUCCCCCAUCAUUGCUCUAGCCGUGCGCCAGGUUGCUGGGCAGGUUGCUGUCUUAGAGGGGCCGAGGCGCUGCAUCUGUCGACUUUACUUCCAGAGAGGGUGUUUGAGAGCGACGGGCAGCCACUUGCCGAAUCACAUGCCAGCAUACCACGUUGGAAGUCUUGAUGCUUGGCUUGACGGCAGCGCGCCUGUCGGCAACUACGGAUGCCAUACUCAGGGCCGCCAUCGAGCGAGUUGUGUAAGCAGCGCAGCGCGCACAGGGACAAGUGGCGUCGGUGGGGAUGUUCAUGAAGGCAAAUCAGCAAAAUCUGAUUUGGCAGUAUGCUCAGCGCCUGCUGCUGUGGCUUAUGCCGACUACCAACCCACGUCGUCCGCACCGCUAUCCGAGCCUCAGAAUGCUCCUGAACCUGCAUCCGAGCCCCCAGCCGGCUUACCUUCAACCUCCGGCAUAACUUCAACCUGCCCUGAAAGGCUGCCUGCUGUAUUAUCUUCAGCCAAGCGACAAUCUCUGCUGUCGCUGCAACUCCGAUGUACUUCUUCUGUUCCCGUGGAGUCCCUCAGACGCCUCCUGUCUGAAAGCGACACAGCCAACACCACCACCACCACCACCGCCAGCAGCGCACCUGCGGGACCUUCCUCCACUCCAACUCUGUCCUUCCCGCAUCAUCCUUCACCACCCACAUCAAGUAUCAACACCGUCAGCGCUUUUUUUCUGCCCUCCACCGUCGCUGCCGACCGUGCUGCUGCAUCCGCCGUCACGCUCUCACUAGCCUCGUCUGGUGAUGACGUCAGCAGCAGCGGCAGCAGCAGCUGUUGCUGCCCGGUAUCCGCCUCCGACGCGUCGUCCAGCUUGUACGGCGUUUGGAGUGAUCGCAGCGGCAGCAGCAGCCUCGGCUGCGGAGGCGGUGGUCUUGGCAGCAGUGGCAGCAACACCCUACAGCUGUGCAUCCGGGGGAACGCAAGCAGUGGCAGCAGCAGCAGCUUCUCCACGCUGGUGUGCUCACCAGUGGAUUUGAGCCCGCCGAGCGUUGCAACAUUGGCAGCAGCACGUACACAUCAGGAUGUUACCGCCGGUGUUGCUAGGGUGGCCGCUGGCUUGGGUAACGGCGGGGAGCAUACCGCUGCUGUCAGCGGUAGCGAUGUUUCGCCGGUGGUUAGGUUGGGCGAGCCGGUUAUUGUGACCGUGGCGCCGCCUGCUUUUGCGUCCCUUCACACUUGCGUCAGCGAGCAGUCAGAUGCCACCUCCAGCCUCCUUGACUCCUUCGUCCCGCUCCCCAAGGACAUCUUCUUUCCAUCUCCAGACGCCGGCCUCGGUCUCGCGACGUGCGCAGCCAGAAACACACGCCCCAACCGACCCAACCGCCUAACCACGGACCUCACCAACUGCCGUCAACAACCCGACAGUAGCACUACCGCACAAGCUUCGUCAGACUCCGCAGCUGGCAAGGCUGACAACGGCAGCUUGCCGGUCAUCCCUUCGCGUUCGGAAGUACCGUCUUCGCUGCUGUUAACAUCAGCAGCUACAGAAGGGAGGAGGGAGGUAGCGAGCCUGACAGACGCCUGGAGUGUGGUGGUGGAGGCGGGUUCCGCCGCGAUGGCCGCCGGUGCCUCACGGGCGCAAGCAGGGCCAAGACAAGAGCAGGAAACAGAGGUUGAGACUCCGGGGCCGCAGACGCUGCUGCUGCAGGCAGCGGAGGCGGAAGCGCAGAGUCGUGUCACAGCAGAGGCCGGAAAGGAGGAGGAGAAGAAGCAGGAUGACUCGGAGUCUCGGCGUCGCGGGUCAUCCCGAGGCGUCUCCUUUGCCGAGCUCUUCACCACCCACCUAGUGGCCCUACCCGGCUCCUCCCAGCAGCCCAGCGGCGGUGACGGCAGCAGGAACAACACCACAACCAACACCAUAACCAACAGCAGCAGCAACAACAACAACAACAACACCGCGCGCGGCAUGGGGUAUGCUGCUGGCGUCAGUAACGCAGCUCGGGGCUGCAGCGGCGGCAGGAGCAGUGUCUUGCAGCGUUCCAAGAGCCUAGGACUCGACCACCUUCCCCCACAUCAACAGCGGAACCACAGGUCCCCGCUGUACCCGUUUGCUUGUACGGAGGAGGCAGAAGCGGACGACCAAGGUGCGAUCAAUGAAAACAAAGGAAACACCAAUGACGAUGCAGGCAACGACGACAACACCUCGUCUGACGACGGCAGUGCUGACGGCGGCGGCACCUGCGGGUUGCUGGGAGGCAGCCCCACGGACGGGUUGUUGCCGGCUGAACUCUCCCGGGCGCUGUUUGAGGGGACUGUACGGCGGGGCUGUCCGCGUAAGAACCCGGUGCUCGCUCGCUCGGCUAGCCAGCCGGUGUUCGGUGGCUGGAUUUAGGUCGGGCAGGAGGGGGGCUGUGCGGGUUCAAGUAGUUUGAAGGAUGGAGAGUAGUGGGAUGAGGUGCACGAGCAGCACAGCUGCGCAGGUGGUUUUCUGCGAAGGAAGUGGGAAGUGGUAGGGAAUCCGGAUAUGACGCGUAUCACGGGUAGGUAGUGAGGCGGUGCGAGCGCUGAGUUGGAUGGCAGGGUGGGAGUGGCAACAGAGGGAGGCUGAGGAAGUCGAGGAGGGCUGAGAGGGAGGGAAGACAGGGAUGGCACCGACUGAGGAGUGGAGGUUGGGUAUUAAUGUGUGUGAGCGUUGGCUGAGGGUGUUGCACGUUUUUUGGCAAGACGUUGUGAACAGGAGGGUUGGUGGUUAUGCAAGGUAUGAGAAAGCGGUGUGAGAAUUGCGAGUCGAACAAAGCAGAAGAAGGUCUCGCGGCAGCAAGGGUGCGGGGGCGAGGGGGCGAACGCGAUGGCUAAGGUUAGGGCGGUGCCAACAUUGAUGUAGGUGGUGUUGCUGAUGCGACAGUUUCAGCAUAUGUCCGUCACAGUCGGCCCGUACCGAGCGCUUCAUGGGUUUGGUAACUUGCUUGCUUACUCGCGUGUGUUGCAAUGUUGGGAUUUGGCUAAUGACAUGUUACAAUAAUUCUUUCGGCGGUGCAGCAUGAGCUGUGGCUGGAUUGUGCUUCUGUGGUGUUGUAUGUGGUUGUGCAGUAGCGGCGCUGUCUGGUUAUGGAGCAACCCCUGCUCCUCAUCCUGCUGCUCGGUGUACUCUCUGUAGGAGCUUUACACAAGUGAUGUACUACUUUAUUGUUUCCUACAAUCUACAAGCGGCCCUUAGCAACAGAUAGAUGACGACACGCGGCUUGAAGCAACAUCCUGAUUGUGAGAGACCUUGUCAGGUGCGUUGCGAGAGGGAGGCAAACAGUCCGGGGUGUGUGUUGGCUUAGGUUUAGGUCAGUGAAGGUGGCGGUUGGGAGCAAGGGUAUACAAAAUAAACCAAUAUAGCUAGACAAGGGCGACGAAAAAUACGUGAUGUGUGGUUUUUAAACAAGCAUGCGUGUUCACCUCCAUGACAAAUUAUUUUCUGCGUUAGUUGCUUGUCCUUGAAUGACAAAAUGACGUCCUUUAGAUCGGUGAGCUCGCGGCGGUUUAUCGACAUGUGUGCAUCGUCGCCUGCUGCGUAAAGCGACACGACGUAACACGAGGGAUUGUGGAACGCAGUAGGCGGUUUGGGCUUUGUUCACUGUGAUGGGCGUCCAGCGCCUGCCUUGCCCUCGUGCAGAGGGCAGCAGCCGAACGUUUUGCACAGCUGCAUUCGGAUGCUGUUGUCUAGCGGAUUGUGGGGGAACGGCAUGGGGGUAAGUUAGCACGAUAGAUAGGCGUUUAAUGGAUGGUGGGCAGUUUGAGAUGCCAAAUUCUUAUACGUCUCUGCUUCUACGGUCAAUGUUGGAUUGUUUACGGCAUGUUUGGUUGCAGCUGCUGCGGUUGUUAGUUGUCGUUGUGCUGCCUGAAUGUACGGUAUUUGAAAGGAUGAGUUGCUGGGGGUAUGGUUUUGGCCUGCGGCAGGUAUUAACCGCGUAUGAUAUAUGAGUUGCCGUGCAUAAAACUACCAUCAAUCGGAGCCUGUGCUAGAUUAGGUUUGAGUUUGCUUGCCUGCCCAGCUGCGUUUGGGCCCAGCAGGCCCUGGAGAAAGAAUCUGGAAGUUUAUUAUCUGGAAAAGUCUGGAAAACGAACGUGAAUGGUGUCAGAGUUUCUCCGCCUUGAGGGUUUCAGGCGCUAGCCUAUGUGUCACCUGCCUGCAUGGACACGCAUUCCUCCGAAUCGUAAACGGCUGUGUAAUGCAGCCGCCGCUAUCUACGUGAAUGCUAUCUACUUAAGAAGCGAUGCGGAGUUGGUUUGCUGGUUGGUUGGUUGUUGAGGUCCGUCGGGAAGGUGUUUGUGAGCACCCGACUGCUGUUAUGUGUUGCGGCCUCGGCUCUUGGCGUGUGGAUAGCGGGAGCGCACGUGUAUUUGCUCUUGGUAGGGGUACUCUUACGCAUACUUUCCGCGGGAGGAGCGAGGGGCGUCCUGAUUGUGAAACCUGCACCUACCCUCGCUCCCACAUUAUCUUGGUGUUGACCUGCCGAGUAUUUCCUGUCUCUCUCCAUGUGCAUUGUAAGCACUCGAGCGCGAUUUGCCGUAUAUGUUGUGUGAUUGUGCAGCCGCUGCUUGCCAUGUAUGUAUGUUGGCCUAGGCGGGUAAGUAAAGCCCCUGGCAGGCAGGCAAGGGGGCAAGGGGCUGCGUUCCCCCCCGGUGGUGGUUCACGUCGCGAGUUGGAGGUCGCAUUUGUUGGCAUAGUUUGGCUAGGAUUCAUUAAUGCACUGCAGGUACAACGGCAAAUACUAGGAUGGAGCAGAUCCGAGCAGCAGCAGCAGCAGCUGGGAAUGAGGGGACUGGAAAGAGCUAUCCGCGGGCGAUGUGUGCAGGAACGGCGGCGUUGUCUUAUGACCGCAGCAUUGUCUCAUAAGACACGACGUGAAGCGAUGGGAAUCUGUACAGGCUGGUAGGCAGCAAGCCAGCUGCCGGGUGGCGGAAGGGAAUCAGGGACGGUGUCUGGGUUUGUGUGUUGGGUGUGGCGGAUGGCUUUACUUGGGUGAACUGCAUGCAUAUGGGUGCAUGCAUGUGUACCUGUGUGCAUGCCGGGGGUAGUCAGCUAGCUGCCGGGGUCUGUUUCCGCUUCCGGUGGGGUGGUUGGGUUCCGAGUGCCAUGGAGGGACAGCCCCGUGUCCCACAGAAGGGGUGCAAGGGGGAGGCUCGCAGCUCGACGUGUGGAGGCGCGUGCGGAGGAUGAGCUGACGCGGUGCGCGAGGGACGCUGCUCGAUAACAGUUGCACGGAUACGCUUGUCCACGACGUCGGUGAUCUAAUGAAGGCAGGUAGGCGGGCAUUGGCUGUGAGCUUGCAGCAAAACCGCCCAGCACUGGUAGCAUUUCGUUGGUUGCGUGGGGUACCUUGGCUGGUGCUUCUAGUAUGCAGGUGUGGUUGACCUAGAGAAUGCAGGCGAAAGGGUGAGGCUUUCGGGGAGGAAGGACGUGUGUAUGGCAUGUUAUUGCGUGUGGGGCAAAAAGGAGGUUGUUGACGAGCUAGUGCGAGUGUGGGGUGGUGUUGGUGGUGCCAUGGCGCUUGCGCGGUUAAAACAGUGUUUGCAUUUUCUUCUUGUACUACUAAACAGAUUGUAAUUGAAGAGCAGGUGGCCCCGGUGCUGCGGCCGUAGCAGACGG